UAGUCAGGCAGGUCUCUAUCGGUUUAUAUCAGAGAACCCAAUGGAGUCUUUUGAAGAACCUGGUCAUAUUAGUAGGGAGAACUUAUUAGAAGUUCCUACUUUAAGUGAUUCUCUUUCAGAAGAUGAAGAUGUCAAAGUUACACUUCAGUCUCGUUUCUCCCCCAGCCCCCGAAGACGGAAUUCAGAUUCUUCUGAAGAAAUGGAGCCAGAAGCUCCAUCUACCAUCGCAAGAAAAGUUUCAUUUGCUGAUGCAUUUGGGUUUGAACUUGUAUCUGUCAAAGAGUUUGAUACCUGGGAGGUUUCAACUACAUUACCAAAUGAAGACUUAGAAGAUGAAGUUGUGCCUGUGGAGGAAUUCUAUUUAUCUCCACUGUUUAUACCAGCCACCACACAAGAAGAGCUUUUGCAAAAAGUGCGUGCACAGAAAGUAUGGCUAGAGUCCAUAGAGUUUCUACCAGGGAUAACAUGUAUGACGGGCAUAAUUCGUGUUCUGAAUGUAUCCUUUCAAAAGCUGGUAUACGUUCGAAUGUCUUUGGACAGCUGGCUAACUUAUUAUGACAUCUUAGCAGAGUAUGUGCCUAAUUCUUGUGAUGGUGAAACUGACCAGUUCUUGUUCAAGAUUUCAUUGGUUCCUCCUUAUCAGAGAGAUGGUGCUAAGGUUGAAUUUUGUAUACGUUAUGAGACAUCUGUGGGAAUAUUUUGGGCAAACAACAACAACCAUAAUUAUAUUUUGAUAUGCCAUAAAAAGGAAACUGCACCACCAGUUGAGGAUAAUAAACUCCAGGAAGAAGAAGUUACCAAUAAACAAGUCAAAGGCUGCUUAAAGACACAGAGCAGUAAAGAAGAAAUAUUGGCAAUGGCUGAUGAAGACAUAUGGAAUAAUUCCAGGACUUCAGUGUCAGACAUCCCAGAAAUUCUUUAUUCACAUGUGGAUGACAAUGAAAUUAAACAAAGUAAAGAAAAUGUAAAAGGAAAAAAUGUGGAAUAUAAUGAAGAUGACAAUGAAGAUAAUGAAAAAGAAUUAGAGUUCCUGCUAAGUCAGCACUUCACUAGAAUCAAAGAUUCUUCCAGGGAUGAAAGGAGUUUAUACACAACUGAACCAGUUAAAUUCCCAAAUGAGCCACAAGAUCUGGGGGACAAGCUAGACUCUGGCUUGGUUAGGCAACCCCUGCCUAUAAGCUCUUCAUCAGAACACAUUUUACAAGGGCAAGAAUUGCGCAAUACCCAAAUAUAUUCCAUAGGAAAUAAUUAUAGCCAGUUACCCCAUGACAAAUUUACUGCCGUAGACUAUAGUACACAGUCUUCAGAAUGUUUUAGUACCAGUGAAACCCUUUUAUCAAAGGAGUAUUGGUCUGGAACAAAAGAAAAUGAGACUGCUCACACUACAGAUGCUAUUUCAAGCAAACAAGGAAUGAGUCAUGCAGAUGUUCCAAAAGAUGAACCUGAUAGUGCCAUAGGAAGUAAAGCAAUGGAAAGGUUAUUCAUCAGUGAGGGUGAUUAUGAUCGCCACAAAGAAAUUUGGGAAACAAGACCAGAAACAGUUCCCACAGAGCAUGAAAAAGUAGUCCAGUUAAAAGAAAAUGUGUUGGGAACACUGGAUGAGCAAUCCAUGCAGGAAACCUCUCCCCAAACUCCUAAGUCAGUCUUGGAAAAUAUCAUCAAAAAUGAACCCAAAGGGGAGAUGCUUGAAAGCCAACAUCAAGUAUAUUUAAGAGGAGAGUUAAAUGUCAAUACUUUAGUGGGUCUCACAGAAGGCUCUUUAAGAAGUUCACAUACCAAUGAUAACAUUACAGAAGAAAAAUAUAAGUCAGAGGAUAAUGCUGAUAAUGGGGAAAAAAUUAAAUUGAGCAUUUUAGAACAAUUUCCAGAAGAUGAACAAGCAUGCUCUUUAGCAGCCAAGCCUACGAACAGGCAUAUAAAAUAUGCUAAAGAAAUCCAAAGUGAACCAUUGUUUUCCAUGUCAGAAAAGGUCAGCGCAAUAGAUGAGUUAACCAGAGGGGAAGAAGUGGUGAUUUCCAGUGCGCUAGACGAAGAAAAAAGUGAGGAGAUGUAUGAAUCAACAGAGCCUCCAUGGCUAAAUGAUAGAAGAAGCUCUAGCAAACAAAAUAAAGAUAAAGAAAGCACAAAUUCAGCUGUAGGAGAAUUGAGUCAAGAUUCAAACAGACCAGAGAGUAGGUACUCGGAAGACAUUCAGAAAACAAGUAAGUUUUGCAUGAAUUACCCAGAUUUCGUAAUGGCAGUUGAUGAAGGAAUCUCUACACAUUCUCCGGCAAUAAAUCUAGAGAAUGUGUUUGAUACUAGAGGGAAUUUAGAAAAAGGAGAGCACAGUAUGAGCUAUGAUGACCCAGCAAACAGAAAUAUUUUGGAGAUAAAGCCCUGCCAAAGUGAACCCAAUAGAGUUAUUACUGAUGAUCUGAGCAAUAGGGUUGGGUGGGGGAAUCAAAGUUGGAGCAGCUUAGAAAGUCAAUUGGCAGAAAGAGGUAGUGGAGCCAAUAAAGGAGUGCAGAUGAAGGAGCGAACAGGUGGUGAAGCCAUGUGGGGAAUUAGAGAUAAUACAAGAUGUUUGAAUGUAACUCCCACAGAUGAAUUGUUUAUCUGCCAAGACCCAGUGAGAUAUGAAGAGCCUUCUGUAGCCGAGCAUGAUAGGACAGGGGAAGCCGAGGCAGUUACAGCAGCUUAUAUAAUUAAAACGACAUCAGAAAGUACUCCAGAAAAAAUGUCUGCUGGUGAAAAAGCAGUAAUUGUUCAGCUACCUCAAGAGACUGCACUAAGUGACAGGCCCACAGAGGAAAAGGAAACAGUGUUUGAUAUACAUGAAGGGAGAAAUGAUGGUUCACAUUAUCCUCUUUGUCAAUGCAAUACAGUGGGUGUAUUAUAUGACAUCAAAUUUGAAAAGGAAUCAGUUUCAGAUAUUUAUAAUGCACGCAUACAUGAAACAGUGCAAGGAGAAAUGAUGUCAGUAUGCAAUACAAGCGAAAAGCUUGCUGGAGCAGAACAUAAUACUGGAAAUGAUUCACCGUUAGGUGAAAAAUUAUGGACUUCUGCUGCAGAAGGAAAAACAGUUUCUAAGCAGGAUUUAUUUUCUGAAACGUCUCUGAAAGCUUCACCAUAUCCUCAGCAAGGUCUUUGCAAUGAAGAUAAUGAAGUUGGAAGCAUUUUGGGAACAUUUUCCCAUGCAGGUGCUAAACCUGAAAACAAAAUGUCCACUUCUGAUACAGAUACUGUGACCAGCUAUUAUGAAAGUUCAUCAGUGACAUCUUCUGAAGAAUCCAUGGGAGCUCAUACAGCUGAGGUACACAAAGUGUCCCAUUCACACAUGGACUCAUCAGUCGAAAUUGCAUCUGAAUCUGGAUGUGACUCCAGCUCAACCAGUGAAAUUGCUCAUGUUAUUCCAAAUAUUUCUUCAGAGACUGAACUCCGAGAACUUCCUCAGAGUUCAGCGGUGCUGCUUUCUAGUGAGAAAGCAGAAAGGAGUGUAGGCCAGUUUCCCCAUCAACUAGAGCUCAAGCAGGUAAAGCUAUUAGGGCCAACAAUUUUAAUUAGUGAACCCACUGAAGAAAAAGAAGAGACAAGCUCUGAAUCUGAAAGUUUGAUAACUGGAGAAACAAUACCAGACUUAGAUACUGAAGGACAUGACAACCAUGCACAAAUUUCUGGCCAGCAAAGUGAAGCUCACAGUUUACCCGAGUGUCUAGUUUUGAAGCAUAUUGGUUAUAAAAUCCUUUAUUUUCUCUUGUUUGUUGUGUUUUGUGUAACAAUGUACCACUAUGACUUAAUUGUUUGCUUUGCACUCUACUUAUUUUCAUUGUAUUGGCUAUAUUGUGAAGGCGGGAGAAGCAAGGAAUCUAUCAAAAAGGAAUAGUGUAGAGAUUCUCAUUGUCUGCAUAAAGUACUUAAAACUGAACAUAUCAAUAUAUCCCAAUGGACAGUAAUGUCCACUCUUAGAACCAAUGCAAAAUCUUUCCCCACACCUUGAAACAUUGCUUAAAAGGAAUGUACAUGAAGUUUGCUCCUUCAUAUCAGUAAUUAUUCUGCAUAGGACCAUUAUGUUUGGAUCAUUAAAUGCCUAUAUGAAUAUGAGUUCUGAAGCACAUCAAGUUCAAAUUAAAUACAGCUGCUGCUCCUUAUCAGGUUAUGAAGAUGUGAGGCUUCAGUCUCUUCAGAUUUUAUUGCAUUCAUUUGCUUUGUAGUAGAGCUUCAGUUUCUUUUGGAGAGAUUUUCUUAAAAAGCUCUAUAUAGCAAGUAAAUAAAGAAGGAAUGGCAUUAUGACUAACUCAGUAAUAGGGCAUGUCCACAUGGGAGUUUACUGUGUUGUCCAUUUGGCGCAUUAAACGAAAAUGAAAGGACGAGAAAUAGCAAAAGAAGGUACUGUGUUGCCUGGGAGUUUUGCACACCAUUCCUCUUGGUGGAUUCUGCCACCUGCGCUCAUCCCACGAUUUUCCUCUUCUGCCAGGUGAACAAAUGGGAAUUGGAACCAAAGUUAGUAUUGUGUUUUCAAUUAUCUGAUGCAUUGAAUUGGAUGCCUCGUCCCUCUUCUAACUAUGCCUUGUGGACAUGCCCUUAAUGUAUUAAUAAUGACCAUGGGCACAAUCCAUUGGGAAGCUGUCCUGGGCAUGUGCUAUUGAAAUGAAUGGGAACUGUACAAGACCACAAGGAUUGUGCCCCAUGUAUUUAAUAGUGGAUUAGCAUCAUUAACUUGCACAUUUUGGUAGAAGAACUCAGUUCAUAGGUUAAAUAGAGGCUUUUUUCAUUAUAAUGAAGUAACAUGAGUAAUGUUGAUGUCUGCACAGUGUCAACUCUAGAGUGAUUAUAUUGUAACUUGGUAUGUGUAAAAAAGGCUGAACAGAAAAAUUGGGCACUUGUACAUCACAGAGGAGAUACAAGAGUGAUAUAGACUGAAGGAUACACAUUAGAGUCUGGUUGUCUUCAGAUAAUGUUUAUAUUUUUGUAAAUGAAGACUGUACAACACAAGCAAAGAAUUUCACAUAAUUUAGUGUUGUUCUAGUUGGACUUUCUGUAUGAUGUUUUGACCAUGUUGCUUAAGAAAGGCAAUCCCAACAAGCAAAUAAUAGUAAUAAAGUUUGAAUUGUUUGA